AUGCCAAGCAGUCAGAGCUUAUGCUGGUGUCUCGGGGGCAGCCCUAGGCCCCCAGAGAUCAAACAUGGACUAGAUAUCACAGCGCCUUUGCAGCCGGUCACCUUGGAUAUCCCCAUGCCAACGGAUGAGAACGAACUUAACAGCACAUUCGAGGAACUUGUGGCUGAGCUCGGAUUAGACAAAGCUCACAGAGAUGCUUUAUACAGCCUGCCUGCAGAGAAGAAAUGGCAGAUUUACUGCAGUAAAAAGGCGGUGAGUACUGGUUUUAUAUUUGUUAUAUUAUUUCGUAG